CUUUUUUAUUCAUCUUCUUUUUUAAAAAAAAAAAAAGAAAGAAAAUGGAGCAUCUUCAAUUCACACCUGAAACGCCUUUUGGCUUUCCAUUAUAUCCAAUUUUUGAAAAGGUGUAUGAACGAAUUGUAGGUGAACCUGCAUCUAAUUUUAGAUACAUUCCUUCUAUAACUCCUCUUUCUACUACUAAUGAAGUUGUCAUCACUUGUAUUACUUAUUUCAUCGUCAUUUUUGGUGGUCGCUUCUUGAUGACAAACUUGCCUGCUUUCAAGUUAAAGAUACCCUUCAUGAUCCAUAACGCUCUUUUAACCUUUGCUUCAGGUGCCUUAUUGGCUUUGAUGAUCGAGCAGAUCUUUCCUAUCAUGUAUCGUCAAGGUUUUUUGGCAGCUAUUUGUGCUCAUGAAACUUGGACUCAGCCUCUUGAAUUGCUUUAUUAUCUUAAUUAUCUCGUAAAAUAUUGGGAAUUGAUUGAUACUGUCUUUUUGGUAUUGAAGAAGAAAAAGUUGGAAUUCCUUCAUUAUUAUCAUCAUUCUUUGACUAUGGUUCUUUGUUUUACUCAAUUAAAUGGCAAAACUUCAGUGUCUUGGGUACCUAUUACACUUAAUUUGACCGUUCAUGUCUUAAUGUACUAUUAUUAUUGUCGCACUGCAGCUGGUGCCAAGAUUUGGUGGAAACGUUAUUUGACAACUCUUCAAAUUGUUCAAUUUAUUAUUGAUCUUGUUAUUAUUUAUUUCUGCACUUAUACUUAUUUUACUUAUACUUACUGGCCCCACUUGCCUAAUAAGGGAAAUUGUGCUGGUACUGAAACUUCAGCUCUCUUUGGUUGUGCUCUCUUAUCAUCCUAUUUAGUUCUCUUUAUUAAUUUUUAUCGUAUCACUUAUCAAGCUAAAAAAGCAGCAGCACGUAAGCAACUUAAUCAACAAAAGUCCAAGAAAAUUUAAGCUAUUGCAUUUUUUUUUUUACUUUCUACAUAUCUAUUGUUACUUAAUAUUACUUUUUUUUUUUUUUGACUUUUUUAUACAUAUAAUAUCUGUUUGUUUUUUUU